AUUGACAUGCGCAUUAGAGAAAUUCCAGUGUAACUUGUUGACAAAAAUUUAUUUGAUAAAUAAUUCAAUAAACGACAAUUUUUCAUCAUGUCAGACGCAGAUGGAGAGAUAUUGGCAAAGAUCCAUUACUACUGCAGAGAGCAGUAUUUUUGUCACAUGGAAGCUGCUGCUGAUGAAGGCUUGAAAAAGUUUUCAAAUGACAGUGUUUUAAGGUUCUUUAGAGCAUAUGCCAUGGUUCUGCAAGACCGCAUACAGGAAGGUAUAAGAGAGUUGGAAAUCCUGAAAGAUAAAAGAGAUGUUAACCUCUGUUCCACAAUGGCUCUUAUGUUGGCACACAAGAAAGGUCACUCUGUCGAUAGGGAAGCUGUUACAGAACUUGAUGCUAAACUGAAAGAGGAACGCAAGCAGUCUGGUGAAAUGGGGUUAUAUUAUGCAGGAUUGUUUCUGUUUUUCACUGGGAAGCAUGAUAAAGCCAGAGAAUACAUUGACAGAAUGCUCAAAAUGAAUGGAGAUAAUGUUGAGGGUUUAGUAUUAAAGGGAUGGAUAGAACUGAUGAGUGGAAGAGAGGUGAAAAAAGCUUCCAAGUUCUUUGAUGAUGCACAGAGCAAGGACAGUGGAGGAAGGAAUAUAGAUGGUUUAUUUGGAAAGUCGAAGUAUUUUGAAGCGAAACACAACUACAGUGGUGCAUUAGAGAGUGUGAAUCAGGUUAUAGUACACUUUCCAAACUUUAUACCAGCUCUGGUAGAGAAGAUGAGAUUACAGCUGUGUCUACAGGACUGGGAGGCCACCAUUGAAACUUCACAAAGAGCACUAGGUGUAGACAUGCACUGUCUAGAAGCCAUGAGAUACCAAGCUCUUCAUCUGUUGUGUAGAGAAGGCAAUUACCCAGAGGCUGCCAGUAAACUAGGAGACAUAAUCACAACUAUGGACAGAUUUGAAUCAAAGAAUGCAUUCUUGUACUACAACAUGGCUCAAGCUUUCUGCAGAAUGUGUGGAAGGAACUCGCUGGUGUUGCAGCAGACAUACACUCUGAUGGAGCGGGCGGUGAGCCUCAGUAGCAGCAACUCAGACUAUAUCACAGAGCUUGGUUUCCAACUUCUGUUACAGGGUAAAGUGAAAGAUGCUAUGAGAUGUUACAAGAAUGCCAUGAAAAUUGAUGAAACCAGUGUAUCUGCUUUAACAGGUAUAAUUCGUUGUCAGUUGUUUGAGAACCAGUUGGAAGAUGCUGCGCAACAGUUAGAAUUUCUAGGAGAGAUACAACAGAGCAUAGGAACCUCAGCGGACUUGUUGUAUUUGAGUGCUGUUCUGUCAAUGAAGAGAAACAAGGGACCAGAAAAAUGUUUAGAGGAACUCAACAAGGCAAUAGAAACACACUUCAAAGCUCUCAAGGGUUAUCCCCUUGGAUUACAGUACUAUAUGAUCCUCAAUCCUGACUUCUGUCUACAGAUCAUCAAAGACUAUCUUCAGUUUGCCCCUCAAACGCCAUUAAGAACUGGUAAUAAGCCAGUUGGACCGGGUCAAGCUGUGAAUCCUGUUCUAAAGAAAUGUAACCAGGUGCUGGAUCCCCUCACUAGAGCAGUACCUGGCUUACUGGAGGCAUUGUAUCUCAUGGGAAAAGUUAAAUAUCUUUCUGGAGAUGUAGAUGCUGCCCAGUCUACAUUACAGCACUGUAUUGAUGUAGAACCCACAUACUCUGAUGGACAUAUACUGAUGGCCCAGAUACAUCUACACCAGAACAACUUUAAGUUGGCCAACCAGUCACUGGAAGUUGGUCUCAGUCACAAUUUUGAGGUUAGGGACCAUCCUCUUUAUCACCUGAUCAAAGCCAGGAUCCAGAAGAAACAAGGAGACAAUGAAGAAGCUGUCCGUACACUACAGAUGGCCAUGUCUCUACCUGGUAUUAAAGGUAGUAGAGCUGGUUCUGCAGCUUCUAGACGGCCAGCUAAGACCAGUAUCAGUGUUAAUGACAGGGUGUCUGUAUAUCUGGAGUUUGCAGAAGCUCACAGGUUGCUGGGUAAUCAGCAUGAAGCAGCUAAAAUCAUGCAAGAUGCUAUCAAUGAUUUUCACGGGACACCAGAGGAAGUGAGAAUCACAAUAUCAAAUGCGGAUCUGUCCAUCGCUCGGGGUGAUAUUGAGAGUGCACUUACAAUGUUACGAAACAUUGGACCAAACCAGCCAUACUUCGUACAAGCCAGGGAGAAAAUGGCAGAUAUUUACCUUCACCAAAGAAAAGAUAAAAAGUUGUAUGCUAGUUGCUACAGGGAGUUGGUAGAUAAACACCCAAGUCCUCAUACAUGUCUGUUGCUAGGAGACGCCUACAUGAGCAUACAGGAGCCAGAGAAAGCUAUUGAGGUUUAUGAGUCAGCAUUAAAGAAAAAUCCUAAAGACGGAACAUUGGCAAGUAAGAUAGGACAAGCUCUGGUGAAAACACACAACUACGGCAAGGCUAUCAAUUACUAUGAGGCAGCUCUAAGAUCUGGAGGACAGAGUUUCCUGAGAUAUGACUUGGCUGAGCUGUUGCUGAAACUGAGACAGUAUGACAAGGCAGAGAAAGUCCUCAAAGUGGCCCUGGAAGAGGAACAGAAUGGUGAGUUAGACAUAAUGAUGGAUCAUACAAAGUAUAUGGUGUUACUGGCCAAGGUCUAUGAGAAAUCUGACAGACUGGAGGAUGCUAUGCUUUCACUGACAAAAGCCAGAGAAAUGCAGGCCAGGGUAUUAAAGAGAGUUCAGUUGGAGCAGCCAGAUGCUGUCACUGCCCAGAAACAACUAGCAGCAGAUAUAUGUUGCCAGAUGGCUGUACACACAAACAACCAGAGAGACUAUGACAAGGCUAUCACAUUCUACAAAGAGGCACUCGUAUAUAAUGAGAACGAUGGAAAGAUAAUGUUAGAUGUAGCAGGCCUAUAUUUAGCCACUGGAGAUCUUGAUGCCUGUCAACAUCAGCUAAUGACACUUUUGAAAAAUGACAAAGAAAAUGAUUCUGCAACAAUUAUGUUGGCAGAUUUGAUGUUCAGGAAGAAUGAGUAUGACUCGGCCAUGUUCCAUUUCCAACAGUUACUUCAAUAUAAAGCUGAUAAUUAUGAGGCCUUAUCAAGACUGGUAGAUCUGAUGAGACGAGCUGGAAAGUUGGAGGAAGUACCCAAGUUUUUAGAUUUAGCAGAAAAUGCGUCUCCCAGGGCUAAAGUAGAGGCAGGAUUUAACUACUGCAAGGGUCUAUUUGAAUGGUACACAGGCAACCCCACCUCAGCUCUCAAGUUGUUUAACAUGGCCAGGAAGGACUCUGACUGGGGCAAUCUUGCCACAUACAACAUGGUGGAGAUAUGUUUGAACCCCGAUAGUGACACCAUAGGAGGAGAGGCAUUUGAGAGUGUGGAGGGAGAAACUAGCACAACCAGUGAGAGUAGAGAGAAAGCAGAUAGUGAGCAGAUGGCUGUACGAACUGCAGAGAAAUUACUUAAGGAAUUGAAACCUAAACCUGGAGAGCAGAGACCCAAGUACUUGGAAAACAUGGCAUUGAUAGCUACCAAACAGAAGGGCAAUGUGGAAAAAGCCCUCAAUAACUUCAUGGAAAUGGCAUCCGAUGAGCGAGAGAAAAAGACAAAGGCUCGGGAGAAUGUCAGUGCUCUGUAUGGAAUGGCAGCUGCUUACAUGGUUCUGAAACAGACACCAAGAGCUAGGAACCAGCUGAAGAGAGUUGCCAAAAGUAAUUGGACAAUGCAGGAUGCUGAAGAUCUGGAGAAAUCUUGGUUGUUGUUGGCAGAUAUUUAUAUACAGUCUGGUAAAUAUGACAUGGCUACAGAGUUACUGAAGAGAGUUCUGCAGCAUAAUAAGUCAUGCUGUAAAGGGUAUGAAUAUCAAGGAUUUAUCAUGGAAAAGGAACAGUCAUAUAAAGAUGCUGCCAUUAGUUAUGAAAAUGCUUGGAAAUAUGGAAACAAAAAUAAUCCUGUAAUAGGUUUCAAGUUAGCAUUUAACUACCUCAAGGCAAAGAGAAACGUUGAUGCCAUUGAUAUAUGUCACCAUGUACUAGCCAGUCAUCCGAACUAUCCAAAAAUCAAGAAGGAAAUACUUGACAAAGCAAGACAAAGUCUGCGGGUGUGAUGUGGCAUUAUACUGUAGUUGAACUGUACCAAACUGUGUCACAAUAGUACAACAUAUCAGUAACUGGAACUAGAAAAUCUCUAGAAAGCCUUUUGAAUGUGAUUAAACAUUGCAUAUUUCUUGUGUUCAUGAAUUACAUUUAAUUCGAGAAAACAGACUGUGGCUUUUAGCCAGUCUGUGACUUGAAGAAUAUUAUGAUUAAACAAGCUAUGACUUUGAAUACACACUGAACAUUUCAUAGAUCUGAUUAAUAUUGUGCUGUUCUCAUAAUUUUGGAUCAACAGGAUUUUGUUGUUUCUCGUAGGCAAGUGCAUCGUGAAAGAUUUUGAAGCUUCUAGUUUUCAAUCAGUAGGCAUUCACUUUUCAGAGGGAAGCUUAACCCAAGUUCUUUACAUUCCAGCUUUGUAUAUGAAGAAAAAAAGGAAUUGAUUUAUUCAUUUAGAAGAGGUUUGGUGGUAAUAAAUGAUAAAAUCACAAAAAUGCAUGGAUAUUAAAAAUACAGUCAAUAAAAUGAGGUUUUGUGUUGAAGUUAGCAAGUAUGAAAACAUUCCGCUUAAUUGAUGUCUUGAAAUGCUUAUUAAAUAUACAUUUUUUGUUGAAAUUCUUUGAGGAUGAAUUCACAAAUUAGAAAGCUGUUUGUCAUCUUACAAUUUCACCAUGCUUCAAAAAAAACCAAUUAGCAUCAAGAACUGAUCAAAUGAUGUGUCAGUUCCUGAAAGAAUGUGCUACAAAUUUAUCUUGUCUGUUUGAUUACAUCUUAGGUUCUUGUUUUUCAAUUAUUAUUUUAUUUUUAUUUUAUACAUUUUGCAUAUCAUUCCAUAUAAAUGACAUAUUUAUUCCAUCCAUUUUAUAUGUUAAUAAUUCUUUAUGAGUGAGGUAUGUCAAGGUAUAUUUUUUUAACUGCAAUAAAAUUAAACAUGUU